ACAAACCGCCCACUUCGGAUGCUGAGCUUGUGACUGAGUGACAACCGACUGUAACUGGUAAACCGGCCGAUGACCGAAAAGAAAAGUAGGCUACACACUCCACGCUGCUCAGUGCUUACACGCUAGCUACUAAUAUUCAGGAUAGUACAAGGUCCAUCUCUUGAUUUUGCGCUCAGCGGACUGUUUCGGAAAGCAACGUAAGCUCACCGGACAACGAGAAGAGAGCAGUGCGUGACAGCAGAGAGAGGACUAGCCUACACAGUUGCCUACCAAGUCGGACAUCAUCACAAUUCUCAACCAAGAGGUCUGAAUCACUUGAAUGCGAAGAUGACAGACGCGGUCGUGGACGGCAAAUUGGAGGCGGUGAAACAGGCAACGAAAUAUGUGAAAGAGACCGAGAACGUCGCGGAAAAAUAUUCUGCGAUGACCGUUAGCAAGAACAGCGACAUGAACAUGAAUGUUGGUGAAUUGCAGUCGGCCGCAUUCACUGCGGUGCCAACUCUCAAAUCUGUCAAGAAGAUCCAGUUUGCUAACGCAGAGGAUAAACAGGAGUUUCAGAAGUACCCCACUAAGGCCGGCCGGCGCUCCCUCUCUCGCUCCAUCUCCCAGUCCUCAACAGAUAGCUACAGCUCAGCUGCGUCCUACUCCGACAGCUCAGACGAUGACACCCCUCCUCGGGACAAAGCCCAGACCAACUCCAAGGGCAGCAGCGACUUCUGCGUUAAGAACGUCAAACAGGCGGAGUUCGGCAGACGGGAGAUCGAGAUAGCAGCGCAAGAUAUGUCAGCUUUGAUCUCCCUGAGGAAGAGAGCCCAGGGGGAGAAGCCUCUAGCUGGGGCGAAGAUAGUGGGCUGCACCCACAUCACAGCUCAGACUGCAGUUCUGAUUGAAACCCUGGUAGCUCUUGGAGCUCAGUGUCGUUGGACAGCCUGUAACAUCUACUCUACUCAGAACGAGGUGGCUGCUGCCCUGGCAGAGACUGGUGUGCCUGUGUUUGCGUGGAAGGGCGAGUCAGAGGAUGACUUCUGGUGGUGCAUCGAUCGCUGUGUCAACACGGAAGGCUGGCAGGCCAACAUGAUCCUCGAUGACGGAGGGGAUCUGACCCACUGGGUUUAUAAGAAGUACCCCAGCGUGUUCAAGAAGGCUCAGGGCAUCGUGGAGGAGAGUGUCACUGGGGUCCACAGGUUGUACCAGCUGUCCAAGGCAGGCAAGCUGUGUGUCCCGGCCAUGAACGUGAACGACUCUGUUACCAAGCAGAAGUUUGACAACCUCUACUGCUGCAGAGAGUCCAUCCUGGACGGCUUGAAGAGGACCACUGAUGUGAUGUUUGGAGGGAAACAGGUGGUGGUGUGCGGUUAUGGAGAGGUGGGGAAGGGUUGCUGUUCUGCUCUGAAGGCCCUGGGUGCCAUCGUCUGCAUCACAGAGAUAGACCCCAUCUGUGCCCUGCAGGGCUGCAUGGAUGGGUUCAGGGUGGUGAAGCUGAAUGAAGUCAUUCGUCAGAUGGACGUGGUGAUAACCUGCGCAGGCAAUAAGAACGUGGUGACCAGAGAGCAACUGGACCGGAUGAAGAACGGAUGUAUAGUCUGCAACAUGGGACAUUCCAAUACUGAGAUUGAUGUGGCCAGCCUGCGGAGCCCGGAGCUCACCUGGGAGAGGGUGCGUUCUCAGGUGGACCAUGUGAUCUGGCCUGACGGCAAGAGGGUCGUCCUGCUGGCUGAGGGUCGUCUGUUGAAUCUGAGCUGUUCUACAGUACCUACGUUUGUCCUGUCUAUCACAGCCACUACUCAGGCUCUGGCUCUGAUUGAGCUGUUCAACGCUCCGGAGGGACGCUACAAACAGGACGUCUAUCUGCUGCCUAAGAAGAUGGAUGAGUACGUGGCCAGCUUGCAUCUGUCCAACUUUGACACACACCUGACAGAGCUGUCUGAUGAGCAGGCUAAGUACAUGGGCCUGAACAAGAACGGCCCCUUCAAACCCAACUACUACAGGUAUUGACAGGACAAUGCACUGACCUGCAACCAACAUCCGGGGGGAAAAAAACAAGAUCAUUUCUCUUUUAUUUUCUAAAUUGUAACAAAAGGGAAGAAAGAAGAAUUAUUUUUGCUUUUAUGCUGAAUAUAAAACUGUAUUAUUAACACUGUCAGUAAUAAUUAUAAUUAUAAUAACAUAAUAACAUAACAUUGAAAUAAUAUCUAACUUGUCUGUCAGGUAUCUGAAUCAAUUCAUGCAUUUCAAGCAUAUGAAACAAGACCAAGUGUAUUCCAAAUGGCACCCCACUCCCUAUGUAAAUGGGACCCUAUUCCCUAUGUAGUGCACUACUUUUGACCAGAGCCCUAUAGGCCAUGGUCAAAAGUAGUGCACUACAUAGGUAAUAGGGUGCCAUUUGGGACACAUCACAAGAGAAGUAACCAUUAAAAAAAAAUGUCAUUCAUAUAUUUUAAAAUAGUCUGCUUUUAUCUUUAAGAUUAUUCAUUUUGUUGCUAAUGCUAAUUGUUGCUAAAUCACAAUGUUUAUCACUGGCGGCUGGUGGCAGGAGCUAUAGGAGGAGGGGCUCAUUGUAAUGGCUGGAACAGAAUAAAUGGUAUGGUAUCAACACAUCAAUCAUAUGGAAACCACGUUUGACACCGUUCCAUUAAUUCCAUUCCA